AUGGAUUUAGUUAACCACUUACCGGACAGAUUGUUGUUCGCUGUUCCAAAGAAGGGAAGAUUAUAUGAAAAAUGUUGUGAAUUAUUGAGUGGAGCUGAUAUUCAAUUUAGACGUUCAAAUAGACUAGAUAUCGCUUUAUCUACUAAUUUACCAGUAGCUUUAAUUUUCUUACCAGCUGCUGAUAUUCCAAUUUUUGUUGGUGAAGGUAAUUGUGAUUUAGGUAUUACUGGUUUAGAUCAAAUUAAAGAAGCUGAUAUGCUUAAAGAUAUAGAAGAUUUAUUAGAUUUACAAUUCGGAUCUUGUAAAUUACAAAUUCAAGUCCCUGCUGAAGGUGAUAUUACAACUCCAGAUCAAUUAAUUGGUAAGAAAAUUGUAAGUUCAUUUACUAAAUUAUCUAGUGAUUAUUUCCAAUCUUUAGAAAAUGUAUCUACUGCUUCAGAAUUAAAAACUAAUAUUAGAUAUGUUGGAGGUUCUGUUGAAGCUUCUUGUGCUUUAGGUGUUGCUGAUGCUAUUGUUGAUUUAGUUGAAAGUGGUGAAACUAUGAAAGCUGCUGGUUUAAAACCAAUUGAAACUGUCUUAACAACAUCUGCUCAUUUAAUCUCUUCAAAAAAUCCAAAAUUCCCUGAAUUAGUUCAAAUUAUUCAUCAAAGAUUUGAAGGUAUUAUGGCUGCUCAAAGAUAUACCUUAUGUGAAUAUAAUGCUCCAAGAUCAAUAUUACCAACUGUAUUGAAAAUUACUCCAGGUAGAAGAGCUGCUACAAUUUCUGCUUUAGAAAAGAGAUCUGAAGAAGAAGAAGAUUGGGUUGCUGUAUCUACAAUGGUUGAAAAGAAGAGAACAAGUGAUAUUAUGGAUCAAUUAAAGAAAGCUGGUGCUACAGAUAUCCUUUGUUUUGAAAUCAAAAACUGUAGAGUUUAA